ACCCACUUGCAACCAAUUGGUUUCUUGGUGGGAGGCAAAUCAACAAUUAUCCAAGUGUUGUUGGAGCCAAAGCUUCUAACUCCUUAUCCAUGGCAUCACGCCAUUCAUUUAUUGCUGGUAAUUUAUAAUGAUAGAUUUGUUAAUUAUCUCUAUAUCUAUUUACAGGAAGAGCUUUACUUUGCUCUUUUCAGAAACAGCAACAAGCGAAAUCUCUUUUUGGACAGGAUGUUUGAUCUUUUUGAUGUCAAUGGCAGUGGCCAGAUCGAGUUUGGGGAAUUUGUUCGAUCCUUGAGUGUCUUUCACCCAAAAACUUCUGAAGCUGUCAAAAUAAAAUAUGCAUUUAAACUGUAUGACUUGAGGCACACUGGUUACAUUGAGCGUGAAGAGUUAAAGGAGAUGGUGCAGGCGAUUUUGGUUGAAUCUGAUCUGGUUCUCUCUGAUGAUGUGGUUGAAACAAUUGUGGACAAGACAUUUGUGGAGGCCGACUCAAAAGGCGAUGGGAGGAUUGACCUAGAAGAAUGGAAAGAAUACGUGGGAAAGAAUCCAUCAGUGCUCAAGAACAUGACUCUACCUUAUCUAAUGGACAUAACUCAAGCAUUUCCCAGUUUUGUGCUGAAUGCAGAAACAGAAGAAUCACACUUGUAGCUUCAACAUGUAUAUCUUUACCCAGAAAAAUCUAUCAUCCAAUUAAUACAAAGUACAAAGAACAAUUCACAGGGGGAAGUAUGGCCAUUCUUGUUUAUGAAUCUCUUGUCUAUGUUGGUGAUUUUAGAAUCACAACCAGAUUUCCAACAGUCUAUGGUGGUUAUGAAACGGUGGCAGCAAAGCCUGCAAUUCGCCUUCAAAAAGAAACGAUAAACAUUGCACAGCUAGAGAAAAUUUUAAUUUGGCACCUUAUGAUGCGGAAGCUAGUCCAUUGAAUCCCCAGACAGGAAGGUUUCAAGCCUCAUGAUUUUACUUUUGUUAACCUCAAAUCCAUAAUUCUUUUUUAACAGAGCUUGAGUGUAAUUGUGAUGUGUUCAGAGUAAAACCAGAAGUCUGUGUGACCAUCAAAUGUACAUAUGUGCUCGGGUAUUCCGUGUCUAUUAUCCAUGUCCUGCUUUUCAUGAUCAAGGAUGAAUUCCGGGUACCGGAUGUUUAUACCAAAAAAUGAAGGAUGAAUUGGUUGAACUUA